AUGCAUGAUUCCCAACCUACAGCCCUGAAAGCCACUGGAGCCAGUGACCCAUUCUCACCCAUCACAGAUCCAGUGUCAAUCCCCAUGCCAUACUCGUUUGACCAGGCCAAGGCAAUAUUGCAGGGCCACAUCAACUCCAAAUGUGGGCAGAUUCAGCAGGGCAAGGUCCCUGCUCGUGUAUAUAGCUCUUGGCAGUGCAUAAUUCCUGGGGGCCUGCAAGUGGCUCCCUUCACUUGCAUCCCAGAAAACAAGCCCUUGGAGUUACAGGCAGCAACUGACCCUGCCCUACAGCAGAAAGCUAUGCCCUGGAUACCAAUGGCCCUUGACCAACAGCAACAAGCCUCACCAGAUGCUGUCACUGAACACCCUAAGCUGCCCCAAGCCCUGUCCGAGGGAGCCAUUGAGAAACUAGAGACAACAUUGCGGCACAAGUACCUGGCCUUCUUGUCAGGGCUGCCAGCUCUUUAUUAUGUGGCUCUCUCUAGGGCCAUGGCACCGGCAAUCUCUACCCAAGCUGUAAUCACAGGAAUGGUGCCUGGACCUGGUGAAUUCCCAACUGAACCUCUGACUCAGAUGAUCUCAUCUGAAGAGCAGUCUCUGAGUCCUGGGCCAAGCUUUCAAGAUGCCAAUGAGACUUGUGCAAACAUUGAAGAUGAGCUCCAGGUUGAAGAGCAGGUGGAAGAAAUGAUCAAGAUGGUGCCUCUAGAAAGCCAGGCAGACAUCAAAAGA